AUGUCAAUGCUCGGAAACACUGUCGGCCUCGGCCACUCGGUGGUGGGGAUCAUGUCGCUGCUCGCGCCCGAGUUUACGGGAAGGCUACUUUGCGUCCCUUCGCCUCGCGCGGCCAACUUUGUAUCGCGACUCUUUGGGACGCGCGAGCUGCUUCUGGGCGCCAGUCUCUUCCUCAGCAUCCGAAACAACCGCUCGCUUGCAGAACGCAUGCAGCUGCUCACCAUCAUCAACAUCAUGAAUGCCACAGACACCGUCUCGGGCAUCGUCGAAUACUUCAACGGCACCAUCGACUUUUCCGGCUUCCUCAUGGGCUCCGGCGGCGCCUUCACCCUUUUCUGCCUUGGAAUGAUCCAGGCUUCCAAUUGUGCGGGAUCAUCAGAUCAGAAAGCGCACGUCGUCGGUCGCCACACACGAAGCAGCAGCCCACGCAAACAGCUCGAGGUCGUCAAAGCCCAACGCCGACAUGCCGUCCGCAGGUCCAUCACAUCCCGCAGCUACCUCGACUGCGCAGUCAUUUUCGCCGCUAACAGGCACGGCCGCAGCGAAAGCUGCCUGCUUCGUGACUAUCCUGGAUGGGAUAGUACCAACAAGACAGCUUUUGGCAGCAUGCUGAGCUCCGUCUUUGCCCCCAUGAACCAAGACUUCCUCAUCAAUCACAAUGGCAAGCCGAAUUUCUAUUACGCCAAUUGGGACCUAUGCAACAUUGCUUCAAUGAUGGCCAUCGGCAUCUUCACCGACAAUGCCACCAUGUACAACUGGGCUGUCGACACCUUCCUGCAUGGACUACCCGACUCAAGCAUCGUCGUCAACGGAGCUCUUCCCUACUUUUCCAUUGCCAACUUUACCGAAGCAGACACUGGUAAGACUCUGAUGGAGAUUCAAGAGUCCGGACGAGACCAAGGCCAUGCGACACUUUGCAUAGCUUUGGCCGGCGUGAUUGGUCAACAGGGCCACAAUCAAGACGUCGACCUCUACGGAGCGUUUGGAAACCAGAUCCUGAAUGGUGCUGAAUACGUGUCCAGGUACAAUGUUGGCCAAGAUGUGCCCUUUAAGCCCUACACCAGCUGGGAAGGCAACCUCACCGUCGUUUCUCCCAAAGCACGCUAUGAGGUUCGGCCCGGCUUCGAAGCGGUAUUUGCGCACUACGACGAUGUCCGUCACCUCGACACUUCUUGGACGAAAGCUUUCCGCGACUACGUCAACGGCAACAACACCCUCGACAUCGAGGGCGGCGGUGGUGACUUUGGUCCCAACUCUGGAGGAUUCGAUGCCUUCGGCCAUGGCACACUUCUCUACAGAAUCAGCCCAGAAUAG